AUGGCCAACUCUACCUCUUCUGUAAUGCGACCAAACGUCCUACAAUCGUUGGAACGAGCCAGGAAUUGUGAAGAGAAUGAUGAUGAUCGCAUUAUCCUUGAUAAUGCUGUCACGGAGCUAUGGCGAAGGGUUCAGAGUCAACCGGACACUUAUGUGUUUACCCCAGAUGAAUUCGCUCUCUUCAACUAUUUUAUCGCCCGUUUUCAGGGUUCGCUUGUCACUCGAGGAGCAGUGGCGCGAUUUUGGGACAAUUAUCGGCGAAACGGCUCAGGUCUGGACUGA